AUGACUCCACUGUACAUAGUUGUUGCUUUGAAAGACAAAGAUCUAGAAGACCUCACAAGUGUUACCCAGGUGUAUAAAGCUAGAGCUACAUACAAUGCGAGCAAGAGAGUCUCAUCGACGGAAAUGCAAAUGUUGUUGAGUCUUAUUCAUAGAGAAAAAUACAUGUGCCGGACUAGAAAUAGGGAAGACUCAAAUGUUGUUCUUGAUAUCUUUUGGACACAUCCUGAUUCAAUGAAGUUGAAUAUGUUUCAUUUGGUGUUGAUUUUUUAUUGUACAUACAAGACAGAUAGGUAUUGGCUACCACUGCUUGAGAUUAUUGGUGUUACAUUAAUAAAAUUGACAUUUUCGGUAGGCUUUGCCUAUUUGAAACAUGAAAGGGGUGAGAACUUCAAAUGGGCAAUGGAGAAACUCAAAGAGUUGUUCUCUUACGAGAAAAUGCCACUGAAGGUUGUGGUGACGGACCAGGAACUUGCGUUGAUGAAUGCCAUAAAAGUUGUGUUUUCAAAGUCAACUAUCAAGUAUGUAUAG